UGGCGGUAUCGGCAGUAGGCUUUGCGCUAGCGCGUAGAACGAACGUGAAUGCGCGCGCGCGUAUUGUCGUAUUCCGAGUGUAGCUGCAACGAUCGAGAUACAAAAACCCGAGAUAUGGAAGUGGCGGAUCAAUGGCGACGCCAGUGGGCUGGGACAGCCGAAUACGGAAAGGUGACAGAAGGCGGAGUGACGCGCCGCGUCGCCCGCGCAAUGGAAGUUUUGCACGCAAGCGCUCCCGGAGCGCGGGUUAAAGUGAUGAGAGCGGCCUACCACUCCACCGCCGGCCCGGGAGUACCAGCUUCCUCAUAUCUUAUGCAGUCAUCGAGAAGAGUUAUAACAUCAGGAUAUAAUUUUUCUGAACCAUUAUCUUUACCAUCAAAACCAUUAGAAGUAUCGUCUACACCAUUUGAAUCAUCACCAGAGGUAGAUGUCGAAAGAUUGAAUUAUAAAGUGACAGAGCCAGAUGACAUAGAAAUAUCAGAACCAUCAAAGUGGAGGGCUUCAACAGGAAAAAGUUCCAUACGAAUGCCAAGUGAAGAAUCAUCGUCAGCAGAUAAUGCCAGCAUAAUUGACCUGGAUUCGAGGAAUAGCAGCAGAAAUACAUUUACAAAAGGCUUCCGAGAUAGUGAAGUUAACGAAGAAAACAUUAAGAACAUACAUAAAAGAAACAAUCGAGUUUCUCCACUUUUGGAUGCUCCAGUUACAUUAAGUACUCUCAAAUACACAUCUCUCUUAAACGGCACCGAUGAAUGGAAUAAUAGACGUAAAAGUUAUAGCUUCGAAGAUACUGCUCCCUUAAACAAUAAUAGCUAUUUUAGUAAUAAUGAUACAUGUAUUAUGGAUUCUUCAACAGAUAGUGGUAUUUGUAAAUCGACUGAAAUUGUAAACGAUCACAUUAAUCAUUCAGAAAUCUUAUCAAGGCGAUUUAGUAAAGAAAAGUUAUCCGAUUUGCCAGAAGAAUCGUUUCAGGACUGGUUACAUAAAAAUAGACCCAACGCAAUAAAAUCUAAUCGAACUAGUCCAUUAAAAGAUUAUCACAGAGAGUAUCGGUCCAAUGAAAGCAAUAUAUCUCUUCAAUCAAAAGGGAAAGUUACAAUAACAUUACCAAUUAUGGUGGAAAAUGAGGAUAUUUCAACAAUUAAUAAAAAUGAUAAUGAUCGCAAAACGAAAAAAGUGGGUUUUUGCAAAACAGAAUUGCACUUCGCGGCUGAAUCGGGUACUGUAAACAUUAUUGCAACAGAUGAAAAGGGACCACCUUCUAAUGAUUUUAGGAAAAAGAGGAGUGUAUUUGUACCUUAUAACAAUAAAAUUGAUAAGUCGAUUACGCUUUUCGGAGACAAAUCAAAUGUACCUGAAUUAUCAGCAAAUAACGAUAUAGGAAAAAUCGAAUCUAUAGAUUUCGAUGAGAAUACGGCAGCUACAAAAGGUAUUCUCAAAAAUAAAAUUCCGAAACCCAAACCAUAUCUUUUGGGAGAAAAUAUGGAGCUUGGGAUUUCUAAUAUUAAUGAAAAUAAAGAUAGUGAAACGACAUUUCCAACAGCCGUUUCUCUUAUAAAUAGAAACUUAGAAAUAGAAAAAAGGCAAAGCAUUUCUAAUAAAAUACUUGGAAGGGAAUCAAAUUAUAUUCUUGACAAUGAUUUGAGGACACCCAGUUCAGGUCCGCUGAAGGCAGAAUAUACAUUCCUAGAAAAAAACAGUACCUUAACUGAUAAUUUCGAUCAAAAUAUACAUAAACAAAAAUUAAGUGAUUCUGCAGUUUUAAACAGAAAUAGGCCUUUACAACAGGCAACCACAUCGAAAUCUAAAACGCGCCAACUGAGGGACAGUGAUUUAACAUACUUUGGCAUUGAUACAGAUAAACGAUCAAAUCAUAUAACUGAUAAUCUUCAAGAAGAAAUCUUUCACUCUGUAAAACUUGUGCAGAAAAUAUCGAAUAGUGUUUGUAACAGUGAGGCUGAAUCAGAUGAUAAUCCGGAAUACCAAAAUAUUUCAAAGAUUACAUAUUCUGAAGUCCCUAUUCCAAAACCGAGAACUAAACUCCUGGAAAUACCAGAAAACAAUCAAAGCCGAAUUCUUAACCCGAUAUUGGAAAGAGAAAAUGAAGUGCCUCACAGUCAUCGAAGGUCACGGGUAAAAAAAACGAAUGAUGUUAUUUCUUCUAUAAAUCGGAGUAUUUCUGAACCACCAAAGAGGGAUUCAUACAAUAGACGAAAUAUUAUAGCAGUAAAAGAUUCGUCACCAAAACGAACUGUGGCCAGCCGGGAGCAUGUUUCAAAGAAUGACAAAAGUAAAACGACCACUCAGCCUAAAUCUAAUAACAAACAAGUUGAAUCGCUUUACGUAAAUAUUGAAGCUCAAAAAGAUAACGCUCUAAAAAGUAAUAGUGUGAAAAAACUUCACGAAAAAAGGUUAAGCAGUUCAAGGAAAGAAAAUACGGAGGGCAAAGUUCCUGAUAGUUCUUUAAAAAUAACAGGUGAGAAAGAACCAUAUGGGAGUAUAAAAAACAAACAAACCAAAAGCGAGUAUCGUAAGCCUAAACGGACGGAAAAAUUAAUAACACCUGAUCUUUCACAUUCACGUAAUGAAGAUUUUUCCCCAAAAGAAAGAAAUAUAAAAACCAAAAAUAUUACUAAUAGCACAUCAAGUUCUUAUGAACAAUCAUCAGAUCCAGAAAGAACUCGUAGGAACUUAAGCGGAAUUGUUACUGCCAAGGAAACAAUUAAAGGAAACGAAAAGAAAGGAACUAUACGAUCGAGUAAACAUAUAUCACCAACAAGUACUACUUCAUUAACUAAACCUGUGAAAAUACUUAGUACUGACUCUACUGCGCGAGAAAAGAGUCCUAUAAAAACGAGACCAAAAGAACUUGCCUCUGUAGCUGAUAAAAAUAAUAGUCAUAGCUCCUCAAAAACACGGAGAAGUAAAUAUGUUAUAAACUAUGAUGAUAAAAAUGGAACAGUUUCAUCGAUCUGCAAGAUAAAUCCUAGUCAAGAUUCUUUAAGAAAGGACUACGUACCGACCCACAACAGACACACACCUAGUGAUAAUAAGACGAAAAGUAAAGUUAUAAAUAAAUCUGGCUUCCUUCAGAUUCCAGAGCAACAAUGGAUUUCAAACGAGAAAAAAGUACAUAAACAUUUGAAUACAAAACAAAAAUUCAGAAAGCAUGUACAAAAAUCUUGCCAGUUACUUUAAGCUUGAAGAAGAAAAGGCAACUGAAUUUAUGAUAAAGGAGAUAUUGUAUUUUAAUUUAAUAAUGAUCUCAUAACAUUUAAAAUAUAAAAAACUAACAUGGCUUUUACUAAUUUUGAGAAUAAAUAAAAUUUGUCAUGCUAUAUUUAAA